CGCCAGACGGCAGUUUCCACAUCCAGCACGUCCACUCCGUACUUCGUACCACAUCUCCAAUCAAUUGAGGCGCGCCCGUCUCUGAGAUUCACCACCGCCUCGUUGCACGCAAGAUGGACGCCCUCCAGCAAAAGGUCGAUUCCAUCAGCGGCGAGGUGAGCCAGGUCAGCGAUGCCCUGCGGGGGUAUCUCGAGAACGGUGUCGCCUCGGGUCGCAAAGUGCAACCGCCGAAAACGAAAGCCGGGCGGGAACUGUUGCAGCAUCUCUUAGGUCGUCUUGACCAGGUCACCACCGGGUUGAAUGAUGUCCGAGGGAUAGCCGUUCCUCACAUCUCACCUUCCCCGUCGGCGGUUCGCGGGCUCGACACGCCUUUAUCAUCAAAUACUCCUCCCGUCUCACAACAUCUUCCGCCAUCUCGAUCUGGUCAACAACAACCUGAGUGUCAAACAUCCCAGGUCACCAACCGCGAUCACGACAACAACCACGACACAAACGAUAACUCACUGGUCCCGGCCCCCAAGGCAGAGCUCAAAUCAGCUUUCUCACCACCUAUUCCGGCGGUUCCCUCCACCACAAGCCAGGGUUAUCCCCUCCCACGUUCGCCGCCAUGUGGGAUCACAUUGAGUGAUGGCUCUGUAUAUCAAAGCCCAUUGCCCUCCGACCAUGCGUCACCCCUCUUCGACUGUACUUACCAAGACAUCCAUAUUUUGAACGAGGAGCUCCUGGAGAUGUACUCCAGCCACCCUGUCGUCCGGGAUGUGGGAUAUUUCAAGCUGCAAGUCCGGGGCCUCCCGCCACUCGACGUGCGGAAGGUGGCUCGCCCAAGCAAAAACCAUGCGACAUCAUUCAGUUAUAAGUCCGACCGAUUGGGGCUCGUCAAGGUCGAUACCGGCAAGAGGUUUAAGUUCGCCUCGCCACAUCUCCCGUUACCCAUGAGUGCCAAGAUGGAUUGGUCUCUGGCAGAGCAGAAGGACCUCUGGAAUUCCUCCGCCGCGGAUCCGCCGAAAGGAACCCGGCCGUAUAUCAUCGGGAACCCGCUGUUUCACGACGUCGAGCUUUCCCCUGGCGAGAAGCUACGGCGCAGAGGGCGCACUGCGCUUGAGGGCAUCAACACUCAAUAUGUCUACUUCAACCUCACGGGCAAAACCAUCACAACGAUGCACAGGGAGGACGCUCAUGUGCGAUCUGAGAACCUCCUCCGCUCUGGGCAGCAUAAGUUCUGGUGCUUCAUCAAACCCACCUCCGCCAACAAACUGGAGGAGAGGAUGGCCAUCGAAUAUCCUGAGAUGCGCCGAUGCUCACAGGCCGUGAGGCACCUCAGCCGCCACAUCCCGCCGGCCAAACUAGACGAGUGGGGUGUCGAAUACACGCUCGACUACUGCGUCCCGGGGCAAGCUGUCGUGACGGAACCGGGGACCUAUCACCAGGUUUUGAACCUCGGGCCGAACUACGCCAUCGCCAUCAACUUGGAAUACAGGUCGUCCCCGGACAUGCCGCCGAAUUACAAAUUCUGCGAUCGACUCUGCCCUGACAAGUUCGCUAUGACUGCAGACGACUUUCAGAUCCAGGACAAGCCACUACCUCCUGUUGAACAACAACUACCUCGCACCCCCGAGACCACUGGGUCACAAGACGGACGCACAGCUCAGGUUAUUGAACAUGUCGCUGGCCUGCGAGCCGACCCCGCGCCCUUGCGGCCUAUGCAAUCAACCACCCCUCCCCCUGAACACGAUGCGCUAGGCAAGCAGGAGUUAGCGAAACCACAACCACCGCAAGCGAUUCCUGAAAUGCACGACGGAUCUAUAUCCGCGAGCACUCCGGGUAAGGGGAAUGCCGCGCUGCCUCCAUCGGGACUCCCGGGCAAUAUUGUGCAGCAAUCCCAACCGCCGGACCCGCUGUUUACCGCAGGCUCAAUGAUUCCUUCGGGACAAGGCUUGUUGGCUGCAUCCGGACCUCCCGAGCAGCUUAGUAUGACAUCAGAAGAGUGUAGUCGAGGAGUGAUUCUCCCUCCAGCACAGGCACAAAACCCCACUCCGGACGCUACCGCAAAAUCCGCCCAGAUCGUUUCGCAAGGCUCUCCCCUCGGGGAGCAAGGCACGGGUUAUCGUGAGGAUUUUGAAACAGCGACGGAAGUGCUGGCGCCUUUACGGAAAACAGCACGGAUGAUAAACCCCGACAGAGAGUGCGACGCGCCUAAUUCGAGGCCUUUAAAGAAGCAAAGAGUGGAAUCUCCCAUCACGCCGGUAACCCAAGACCGGUCCGUCACAGCUGCCUUUGAGCAUCUAUCGACGAUGCUCAAAGACCGCGAGUCUGGCCGGGCUGGGAGCUUAUUCGCUGAGAAACUCCACGGCAAAUCAGCAUUCGAUCGUCUCGCGCAACUGGUCCGAGAAUGGCGACGGUACUCCAAGUCGGUGCCGACAGUCCUGGGUAGGUUCGGGCUCGCCAAGUCAGUUGAGGAGACGGCCAACAGCUACCCAGAACUGCACAUCUUCCUCUCGCGCUUCUUCAAAAUGAAGGUGUCGAUGUGUAUCGAAAAUGUCAUGGCACAACCCGGGGAGCUCUCGCCGCAUAACUAUAUGAACGGAAUGCUGCACACUCUGGGAUGGGCCGAGUCGAAACGCCCGCAACUCCACGACUACUUGCGGGAAGGCAAGUGCUGGGCCACGAUUUGCGGCGAGUACGACGGCCUUCUCUGCCUCAUUGGCCCCGACUCGGAUUGCCUGGAUCUCGCGUUGUUCAAGGACGAAGUCGCUCGGUUCCACGCCGCGCUCGACACCGACUUUGUGCGUAAACUGUGCGGCGCCGGCGCCAUUCUCCAGAAGUCCGUCUGGGAAUGCCUCGAGCUCCCGGAGUUUAUCUGGGAGAGCACCACCACCACCUGGCUUCCCGUUGAUCGAAUCUCUCCCCUCCUGGUCUCAUUUCGCCUCCUCAAGGGAAACCAUUACGACGAACACAAAGGGUUUUAUUGGCCUCGCCCGACACGAUGGCACGGGUGUUGGCCGACCGACCCCAGCAUUGUUAUGCCUGGCGACGCCUUCUGCGGUCUCUGCCCACAGAGCUACUGCCGCUGCGCCGAGCUCAACGUGCCGGAGAUCCCCCGCAUCGCAGACGACGGAUCUAAGGGGUCCGGCGUCCGUUCUAUGGGGCCGCACAGAGCGCACGUUAUCCUGGGCGAGCUGGUCGGCGAGCUGGUGCCGGUGGGCUCCAGCGCUCCCGGCUGGUCCAUGGUGCUCCGCCGCCCGGACAUCGAAGACGAGGCAGUAGCGGAGAUUUGCCCCGCCCGCAUGGGCAACUGGGUGCGGAAGGUCAGGCACAACACGAACCCGUCGGCCGCCUUCAAGACCAUGAAGAUUACCGGGCGAUGGAGGCAGAUGCUCGUUGCGCUGAGGGAUAUCAGCGACGGCGAGGAGAUCACGGCCAAGUACGGAAAUGGGUAUCUUAAGGAUCAGCCCUAUUCGCUUGUGGAAGGGUUGCAUUGAUGGGGUGUGGGCAUCUUGUGGCGGUGACAUGGUUGUGGAAGAGGGUGGAAAAGUACGUGUUGCUUGGGCUGUACUAUCACUUCUGGGCUUCUGUUCUUGGGGGGCGUUACCUGUUUGACUUGGUCUUUGGGCUCUUUGCUCCGGUCUUUCCGCCUUUCAAGUGUUGAAGACGGGUCUCUAUCAACCGGCAAGGACAUUACGGCGCAUCCAUAUAAGGACGGGUUGCUAUUGGUGGCAGGAGUUCUACUUGCUUUCGCCUUAAUGUCAGAAGACAACUGAUUCAGUAUUGUCGGCUACACUUUUGUCUCGAGGGUUGUCUAUGGGUUAUUAUUCUGCAACAUGGCUGCUACCACGACUUUCGCUCGGUCAGCGGCGGACUACUAGGGUACCAGCAGUUUUCUGCACUACAUUACACGAAUACAAAGUAUAGCAAAAGUAUUACAGGUAUCGAGC